GCGUGACGCAUAUCAGCACAUCGGACAGUGCAAUCAGAAAACCUGCCUACCAGUUUAAAGAGGAUACAUACCGAGAGUAUAGUCUCGGGAAGCCACGAGCAAGCAAGAUAAGUUAUUACUAAAAGUCCGGAAGUGUUCAAAGUCGCGGAAACCUGAGAAAACAACGAUUUACAGGAUUAGACCUGAUACAACGAGCGAGAGUAAACGAGAGGAAGAAGAAGCUCUGUAUGUCCCAUGCUCCUGGAAGAAGAGUUGCAUGUAGGCCAAAGAACCAGGAUCAGCUGUUCCUAAACCAAUCCUUAACUGAAACAUUAGGAGGGAAACACACAACUGACCUAAGAUCAGCAUCUAGAGGAUAACUUUCUCCUAAUCCUGGUGUUUCCUGGCUACGUGAAUUGUUAUUGAUCUACUUCCUCGUUUAGCGAGAGGGGUAGAAGCCACAGCUAAUAGGCUACCAUGCAGCGCUUAAGGACUACAGUUGCUAGGCUAAGGCCUAUUACGGCCACCCAGACAGUCAAGAGCCAAUCACAGGCCAGGCCGAUGGCAGUGGGAGGGGCUUUGAGGACAUUUGAACCACUGAGGAGUUACACUACGUCGGUGUCGGCCGAGCCUUUUCUGAAUGGGACCAGUUCUAAUUAUGUAGAAGAGAUGUACUAUGCAUGGCUGGAGAACCCUAGGAGUGUACAUAAGUCGUGGGAUAUUUUCUUCCGGAAUGCCAACGCUGGGGUGUCACCAGGCUCAGCCUAUCAGAGCCCUCCUCCUCUGGGUGGUGCUGCUCUGGAAUUGGCCAACGCCCAGGCGAUGGUUGAAGCUCAACCUAACAUGGAGAAGUUAGUGGAGGACCAUCUGGCUGUACAGUCACUCGUACGAGCGUACCAGGUGCGGGGGCACCACAUAGCCAAGCUGGACCCUCUGGACAUCGGUGUGAUAGACUUUGAUGAGUCCCCAGUAAUGCUGGGCUUGAAGAAAGUUGGUGAGAAAUGGUUUUAUGGUCUGGAUGAGUCUGACCUGGACAAGGUGUUCCGGCUCCCCACCACCACCUUCAUCGGGGGCAGCGAGAGCGUUCUGCCCCUCAGAGAGAUCAUAAGCCGCCUCGAGAUGGCAUACUGUCAGUCUAUUGGGGUAGAGUUCAUGUUCAUUAAUGACCUGGAGCAGUGCCAGUGGAUCAGACAGAAGUUUGAGAGGCCAGGUGUCAUGCAGUUUACCCUGGAGGAGAAGAGGACCUUGCUGACCAGAAUGGUUCGAUCCACCAAGUUCGAGGAGUUCCUCCAGAGGAAGUGGUCAUCAGAGAAGCGUUUUGGUCUGGAGGGCUGUGAGUCUCUCAUCCCGGCCCUGAAGACCAUCAUCGACAAGUCCAGCAUGAACGGAGUAGAGAGCAUCAUCAUGGGCAUGCCCCACAGGGGGAGGUUGAAUGUGUUGGCCAAUGUGAUCCAUAAGGAGCUGGAUCAGAUCUUCUGUCAGUUUGACUCCAACCUGGAAGCUGCUGAUGAGGGUUCUGGAGAUGUGAAGUACCAUUUGGGGAUGUGGCACCGUAGGAUCAACCGGGUCACUGAUAGGAACAUCACGCUGUCACUCAUGGCUAACCCCUCCCAUCUGGAGGCUGUGGACCCCGUGGUGCAGGGCAAGACCAAGGCUGAGCAGUUCUACUGUGGAGACACAGAGGGAAAAAGAGUAUGUACACACACAAAUGCACACCGUUUUUUUUCUCUGUGUGUGUGCAUUUAUAUUUCUGUGUGUGUGUUCCAGGUGAUGUCCAUCCUGCUCCAUGGUGAUGCAGCGUUUGCAGGCCAGGGGGUUGUCUACGAAACUUUCCACCUCUCUGACCUGCCCUCCUACACCACCCACGGCACUGUCCAUGUGGUGGUCAACAACCAGGUUGGUUUCACCACCGACCCCAGGGUGGCGAGGUCAUCAUCCUACCCUACAGACGUGGCCAAGGUGGUCAAUGCCCCCAUCUUCCACGUCAACGCUGAUGACCCCGAGGCCGUCAUGUACGUCUGUAACGUCGCCGCCGAGUGGAGAGCCACCUUUCACAAGGACGUGGUGGUAGACUUGGUGUGUUACAGGCGUAACGGCCACAAUGAGAUGGACGAGCCCUUGUUCACUCAGCCUCUGAUGUACAAGCAGAUCAAGAAGCAGAAAGGAGUCCUCCAGAAAUACUCUGAGAAACUCCUAGCAGAGGGAGCAGUCAGCAGACAGGACUAUGAGGAGGAGAUAGCCAAGUAUGACAAGAUCUGUGAGGAGGCUCACGCUCGCUCUAAAGACGAGAAGAUUCUACACAUCAAACACUGGCUGGACUCUCCCUGGCCCGGUUUCUUCAACGUGGACGGCCAGCCUAAGAGUAUGACCAGUCGGUCUACAGGCCUGCCUGAGGAGGAGCUGGUACACAUAGGAUACAUCGCUUCAUCUGUCCCUGUGGAAGACUUCACCAUACACAGAGGUCUGAGUCGUAUACUAAAGGGUCGUGCGACGAUGGUAGGCCAGCGUGUGUGUGACUGGGCUCUAGGAGAGUACAUGGCCUUUGGUUCGCUGCUCAAGGAGGGGACACACAUACGUCUCAGUGGACAGGACGUAGAGAGAGGAACCUUCAGUCACAGGCACCAUGUCCUGCAUGACCAGAAGAUUGAUAGGAGGAUCUGUAUCCCCAUGAACCACAUCUCUCCUAACCAGGCUCCAUACACCGUCUGUAACAGCUCUCUGUCGGAGUAUGGAGUACUGGGAUUUGAGCUGGGUUUUGCCAUGGCCAGUCCCAAUGCAUUGGUUCUAUGGGAGGCCCAGUUUGGAGACUUCCACAACACAGCCCAGUGUAUUAUAGACCAGUUCAUCUGCCCAGGACAGGCCAAGUGGGUCAGACAGAACGGAAUAGUCCUGCUGCUGCCCCACGGCAUGGAGGGAAUGGGACCAGAGCACUCCUCGGCCCGACCAGAGAGGUUCCUGCAGAUGUGUAACGAAGACCCAGAUACCUACCCUAUAUUCUCUGCUGAGGAGUUUGCAGUGCGUCAGCUGUAUGACUGUAACUGGAUCAUAGUCAACUGCUCUACACCAGCUAACUACUUCCACGUCCUCCGUAGACAAAUACUACAGGCCUUCAGGAAGCCUCUGAUAGUCAUUACCCCCAAGUCUCUGCUGCGCCACCCAGAGGCCAAGUCCAGCUUUGAUGACAUGCUGCCAGGUACCCACUUCCAGCGUCUGAUCCCAGACAGUGGUCCUGUGUGUGAGAACCCAGAGGCGGUGAAGAGGAUUGUGUUCUGUACUGGGAAGGUCUACUAUGAACUGACUAGAGAACGCAACAACAGAGGCAAUGAUGAUACUGUGGCCAUUGCGCGCAUAGAGCAGCUCUCUCCGUUUCCGUUUGACCAGGUGAAAGUGGAGACAGAUCGUUAUCCUAAUGCUGACCUGGUGUGGUGCCAGGAAGAACACAAGAACCAGGGUUACUAUGACUAUGUCAAACCCCGCCUACGAACCACUGUUGACCGCACCCGCCCCGUUUGGUAUGCUGGUCGUGGGCCAGCAGCAGCUCCAGCUACAGGGAACAAAGCAGCUCACCUGGUGGAGUUACAACGCUUCCUAGAUACAGCUUUUAACCUGGACGCAUUUACUGAACAGUCCUAACACACUUAUACACUACACCCUAACCCCUAUACCCUACACCUUAACCUUACCUCAGCUGGUGGAGUUACAACACUUCCUAGAUACAGCUUUUAACCUGGACUCAUUUACUGAACAGUCCUAACACACUUAUACACUACACCCUAACCCCUAUACCCUACACCUUAACCUUACCUCACCUGGUGGAGUUACAACACUUCCUAGAUACAGCUUUUAACCUGGACACUUACACUUGAAAGUCUUAGAAGACCCUACACCCUACUCAAUACACCCUUAUACCCUAGUCCCCCACUCCACUCUACCUGCUGGAGUUAUACGCUUUUCACCUGGAUGCAUACACUUGAAAGUCUUAGCACAGGGAUAUCCUAACCCCUAGACCCUGGCUACACCCUACCCUUACCUCACUCUGCUGAAGUUACACCGCUUUUUAGUCAGCUUUUCACCUGGAUGCAUACACUUGAGUUUUAGCUCAAGUGUAUGGUGCUGGUCGUCGGAUGAUAAAUGACCGGACCAAGGUGCAGCGUGGAAGGCGUACAUUCUCUCUUUAUUAGAAACCGUAACACCGGGAAAAAACAAUGAACACAAACCGAACGUCAAGCUAGUCGUGCAUAAAGCAACAAACAAAGACAAGAUCCCACAACUGAAAAAGGGCUGCCUAAGUAUGAUCCCCAAUCAGAGACAGCGAUAGACCGCUGCCUCAGAUUAGGAACCAUACCCGGCCAACAAAGAAAUAUACAAACUAGAAUGCCCACCCAAAUCACACCCUGACCUAACCAAAUAGAGAAAUAAAAAAAAGUCUCUAAGGUCAGGGUGUGACACUCACUUAAACCCUACACCCUCUAACCCUUAUCCCUAAACCAGCAUACACUGGAUCGUCUGCUAUAGAAGACUUCUGCGAUACGCACACUGACUGACCAUAGGUCCUCUUGAACUGUUGAAUCAUGGGGGAAAUGUCCAUGGAGUCAGACAAACAAUGGACCCAUUUUAUCAACCAUACAAAUACUUUUGUACAUUUUCCUCUCUCUCCAUCUCUCCCAUCUCAUUCUCUUUCUUCUCCAUCCCUCUCUUCAUCUGUCUUUUCACCCUCCUUCCUUUAUUCUCCCCACUCAUCCCCUUCUUUUUUCUCUCCUCUUGACCAAUCACUCUCUCCCUCUGUUUUCUCCUCCUCUCUUCUCCUCCCUCUCUUCCACCUCCUGUGCCAAAUGUAAACAAGCUGUUAAGAGAUUACUGGAUGAGAAAUGACUAGUAUAUUAUUAUACUAUUACAUUAUUAUACUAUUAUAUUAUAUCAAACAUUGUAUAAGAUACAGUAGUAACUUAUGGUGAAAAUGUCUACUGGUCUGGUGGGGAUCUCUUUGGAACUAAAUAAAGUAUUUAUUUAUGUUA